CAAGUGAAGUUUGAGAAGACACUCCGCGGCGGUGAACCUGUAUUAUCGUUGACAUGUACAGAUGCAGAGGCUAAAGCGGUCGCUUCCGAAGGGCCAGUUUGUGAAAUAAAACAUCCUACUAUCGGUUUAGCUGCCAGGUCAGAGCCUUGGUGGGAGACGGCGGUCUGGUAUGCAGUUGGCACAUCGAGCAAAACAAAUCUUACAGGCGGCGAGGAUAUGACUAACCCGAGUAACGUUACUCUUUACUAGCCAGUCCCAGCUGUAGUUUUGGACCGGUUGCUUUACCUUCAAAGGCUGGCAAUGUGGUCACCAUGACUGAAGGGGGCUGAACAGCGGGGCUGGAGAAGCAAGAGACGCGGUGGCAUGGAGGCUGCUCAGGCCAGCCAGAGCCAGGAACUCCAGCUGGACCCACAAAAGCAGCGUCCAGUCAGGGGAAGAGGGGUCCGGAAAAAAGGGAGUACAUCCCCAUUGGCAGAAGUUGACAGUGAAGGAGGGGAACAGGGGUCCUCUUGCAUCAAGGGGCACAUGCAAAGAGAGCCAGAGGGAGAAGGAGAAGAGGUUUCCCUUAAUGGAGAGGGCUUGGCCCCCUGGGACAUGGACUCACAUGGCGAGGAGGAUGAUGCUACAACGCUACAGUCGGGGGAAGAGUCAAAGAAAAGGAGCAGCAUUUCUAGUAAAGAUAGCUCCGCCCCCUCCAGCAGCUGCACAGAGGUGUCCCAGACAUCACCUGUCUCUCUGUCAGAUCAGCUGCUGCUGGUGAAGGAUGAUGGGACUGGGACAGGGAUCAACGUAGAGUGCAGGAUCUGUGGUGACAAGGCCUCAGGCUUCCAUUAUGGUGUGCACGCUUGUGAGGGCUGCAAGGGUUUUUUCCGGAGGACCAUCCGUAUGAAGCUGGAGUAUGAGCGCUGUGAACGCAGCUGUAAGAUCCAGAAGAAAAGCAGGAACAAGUGCCAGUACUGCCGCUUUCAGAAGUGCCUACUGCUGGGCAUGUCCCACGAUGCUAUCCGGUAUGGGCGGAUGCCAGAAGCAGAGAAGAGGAAGCUGGUAGCAGGCCUAUUGGCUGGAGAGACAGGGCACCUGACUAACCCUAAUGGCUCAGACCUCAAGAGCCUUGCCAAGCGGGUCAAUAAUGCCUACCUGAAGAACCUUAACAUGACCAAGAAGAAGGCCCGUAGUAUCCUCACUGGCAAGACCAGCUCCAGCCCUCCAUUUGUAAUCCAUGACAUGGACUCGCUGUGGCAGGCAGAGAACGGUCUGGUGUGGACCCAACUAAUCAACGGUGACACACCACCUAACAAGGAGAUUGGCGUCCAUGUCUUCUACCGAUGCCAGUGCACAACAGUGGAGACUGUACGGGAGCUUACAGAGUUUGCCAAAAGCAUCCCAGGUUUCGUCGACCUCUUCCUCAAUGACCAGGUAACGCUGCUCAAAUAUGGUGUGCAUGAAGCCAUCUUCGCCAUGCUACCAUCUCUAAUGAACAAAGAUGGUCUGCUGGUGGCUAAUGGUCGAGGUUUUGUGACCCGAGAGUUCCUGCGCAGCCUUCGCCGACCCUUCAGCGAGAUCAUGGAGCCCAAGUUUGAGUUUGCCGUCAAGUUCAAUGCUCUAGAGCUUGAUGACAGUGACUUGGCCCUCUUUGUGGCUGCCAUCAUCCUCUGUGGAGAUCGUCCAGGCUUGAUGAACAUCAAGCAGGUGGAAGAGAUCCAGGAUGGAAUUCUCCAGGCCCUGGACCAGCACCUACAGGCCAACCAUGCUGACUCCAUGUAUCUCUUUCCAAAGCUACUGCAGAAAAUGGCCGACCUACGGCAACUGGUGACUGAGAAUGCCCAGCUGGUUCAGAAAAUCAAGAAAACAGAGUCUGAGACAUCACUGCACCCAUUGCUGCAAGAGAUCUACAAGGACAUGUACUGACUAGGCUGAAGCCACAUUCUGUCGUAUACCAAUGGAGAAUAUUUAUGAACAAUGGAAAAACCCACUACUCAGAUACAUCUUGCAGUGAGUGGCUUUAUUUGAUCAUAUACAGAUCAAACUGAAUUUUCAGUUUUUGCCUACAUGCAAGAAUUGGGAUAACUAAUAUGGUGAGCUGUUUCAACUCUCAGCCCACACAAAUUUCCUACCUUCUGAUCAGCAGAAUUGUAAGUGUUGAUUUUGGAAUCCUGCAGCAGCUGAACGAAUAAUCCCUAUCACACCCUAAUUAACUGACACUCAUAUCUUGGUGUGUGUUCAAAAUUAGUGGAGGCGAACUGUUUAAAUAUUGAAUCAAUAUAUUUACAGUAUGUGCUAGGAUUUGCACUACCUGGACCAUAUUAGUCUACCUUUUGAAGAUGCCUGUUGCAACUUAAAACUCAGAGUCCAGGAGAACAUCCUUUAUUGCGACACACCGAAGACUAUCAUACUCAGACUCCUCUUUGUUUUUCUCCCUUUCUGUUUAAUUUAAUGCUCAGCAUUGAUGUGUUUAUAUUUUUCAUAGCCUCUUUCCUUUUUCAUAGUCUCUUUCCGGGAGUUUUUUUUUUUUUUAAUACAAUGGUCAAAUAAGGGGGAUACUGUUACAUAAAAAAGAUGCUGGUAUCUUUUCAAAAAGGACUGUUUUAUAUCUUGGUUGAUGUUCUGAUUCAUUCCCACAUAUAGAAUAAACUAUCAGCGCAGGGGACAGACUAUCUGCGCAAAGCUUUGUAAGGAUUCCUCAGUGUUGAUGAGAGGUUUAGCUUUAUUUUCUAGAUUGAGCUCUCUCCCUUAAGAAAUUGCUGUGGAUGUUGAUAUGCCAUUAUUACACAAUCAGAUACAGUAAGACCUCUAUCCCCUACCUUGUAGCUAUCAGAUCUAGCAGAAUCUAGUGUUUCUUUAGUAUUUCUGUAGUUGUUCAGUUGCAGUUAUGGCAAAAAUCAUAAUCACAGUUAUUGGUCAAUACUGAGAUCAUGAUUAUUUAACACGGUUACUCAUUGACUUUAGAAAUAUCAUGCAUUUAUUCAACGUUUGACAUUUAUUGAAAAAAUGCCUUUUUUAACAGUGGAUUUUGGUGAAUUUGAAAUAUGAACACAGGCUGGCUGGGAGUGAAUUUGGGCUUUUAGGGAGGAGCAGAAGUGCACUGCUGCAAAGAGUUGCCCUGGAGUUACAACACAAGACAAAAUGAGAGCAUCAUUGUAAUAUGGAAUGUGGCACAAUAAUUGUUUUCUCUCGAUUAUCUUGUUUUCAUAACCACCAGAAGCCAAAACCAAUCAAUUUUAUUGAAAAUAAAAUUUGAUUAAUCCUACCCUUAAGCUAUACUGAUGUAAGGCAAAAGAGAGGGGAAAUAUAGGAAGAAAACGUAAAUUUCAGCCUAAGCGGCUUAAUAAUUCAGAUUUUCAAGUAUUUAAAAAAAAAAAAAAGUUACAGGAUUUUCAUUUAUCCAUAAUACAGUGUUUGAAAUUUGACAGCAGUUAAAUUGAAUGACUCAAAAUAUAUUCGUAUAACUGCUUUUCGUCUGCAGGGAUGCAAACAGCCCGCCGAAAAGUGCAACUAGGGAACUAUAAUUUCCGCGAACACGGAAUCGCCGAAUUAGCCAAAUAAAACGGAAUCUAUUUUUAACGCGGAUUUGA